CUCGAGGCCCGGCUACGGCGGUUCGCACGGCUACAGCAGGCGGACAUGGCCGGCCGGCUACGGCAGAUGACGGGGGACGACGCAGCGACGUUCCGCGGGAACCAGGCGAAGGUAGUCGGGGCUAUCGUCAACGGGCAUAGCCCGAUCAUCCAGGUAAUGGGCACGGGCAGCGGUAAGAGUUUAUCGUUUAUGCUACCAGCGUUCUGCUCACUGGACGGCGUAACGGUAGUUAUUAUACUACUUACCGUGCUUCGGACCGACUUAGAGGCGCGGUGUACUAAAUUGGGGAUCGCGUCCUAUAUAUGGCUUAGCCAUAAGAACAACCAGGCCGCAUCCAUUAUCUUCGUUAUGCCCGAGUCCGCCGUUAGUAAAGGCUUCCAGGACUUCAUAGCACGGCUUACGUCAUGAUAAGCGCUCGACCGCGUCGUGGUUAAUGAGUGCCACGUUGUACUAGAGGGGACCCGGUUAUUCCGGCCGAAGCUGUGCGAGGUUAGCGCGGCGAUACGAGAGUUUAGGGUAUAGAUUAUAUACUUAAUAGCUACGUUAGCGCCGGGCGACGAGAAGGCAUUCUUCGGGCUUAUAGGGAUAGAUCGUAACCGGACGUAACUAUUCCGGGCCCCGAUAAAUAGGAGGAAUAUU